UCUGGUGUGUGUGUGGUAAAUCGGGAUCACUACCGUGAGGAAUUUACCGUUUAUCCCGGGGGAAGAAAAACAGGUGGAUUAAUAUAUAUUUGUGUUUGCGGAUGUGAGGCGUUGUGGCUCGCGCGGGGCGCUCAGAUGGAGUAGAAGGUUGCGAUGUCCUCUCGGCUUCUGGAGCGAUGUGGCACAGACAGCAGACCAAGUUUGAACACUUUAUUUGUUGGUUUGCUGACGCCGUGAGCACCGGAGCUUCGCGUGGGGGCGGACGGCUGCGGGGCCGUGUAUCUAUCGUUAAAGAUGGUGACUGGGAGACCAAAGGGACCUCAGCCACACCGACUCUACCGCCACAGCUCCGCAUGGUGACACUGAAGGGUUCCAGUAUGGGCCGUUUGGGCUGGGUCCUCCUCACCCUCCCAGCCCUGCUUUCCCAGAUCAGUGUACCAGCAGCGGCCCAGAAGCCACCUGGGCUAAGUGUGGGGGUGAUCUUGGGUCAGACGAGGCCAAUUAGUGACCAGGAUAUAAUCCCGGUGAGGCAGAACGACGACCCUGUGGAGCUGACCGUCACCACCCUGAGAAUCAACCAGACAGACCCCAAGACAGUCAUCACACAGGUGUGUGAGCUGCUCCAGAAGAAGCCUCUCCAUGGCCUUGUCUUUGCUGAUGGGUCGGACCAGGAAGCUAUCUCUCAGAUCCUGGACUUCCUGUCCUCUCAAACAUCACUUCCUGUCCUAGGGGUGUACGGGGGAUCCUCCAUGAUCAUGGCCGACAAGGAUGUGGAGUCUACGUUCUUCCAGUUUGGAGCAUCUCUGAUGCAGGAGGCGUUACUGAUGAUGAACAUCAUGGAGGAAUAUGACUGGCACAUCUUCUCUAUAGUCACCUCUAAGUUCCCCGGGUACCAGGAGUUCAUAAAUGUCCUGCGCGUGACGGUGGACCACAGCUUUGUGCGUUGGGACCUUCAGAGUGUCGUCACGCUGGACGCUGUGGACGGAGACGCCAACUCUAAAGCUCAUAUCCAGCUGAAGAGGAUCCAGAGUCCUGUAAUACUGCUGUACUGCUCCAAGGAGGAGGCUAGGUAUAUAUUGGAAGAGGCCAGGUCUCUGGGUCUGACUGGGUCGGGCUACAUCUGGAUCGUACCAAGUCUGACCACAGGGAACCCCGACUUCACCCCAGACAUCUAUCCCCUGGGGAUGAUCUCUGUGUCCUACAACGAGAUGGAGUAUCCCCUGGAGAGCCGCCUUAGAGACGGAGUGGGCAUCAUCGCCACGGCAGCCGUCGCCAUGCUGAGGGAGAAAGGGGAGGUGCCUGAACCCCAAGGGAACUGCUACAGCCAAUCAGAGAAGGGAAAGACUCUGCCCAGCGCCCUGAGAGGGAACAUGAUGCACGUGACCUACGAAGAGCGGGACCUGUCCUUCACCGUCGACGGUUACCAAGCCAACCCCAAACUGUCCGUCAUUGUCCUUCAUCCAAAUAGGACAUGGGAGAAGAUGGGUCGAUGGGAGAAUGGGACCUUGUCUCUGAUGUUCCCGGUAUGGCCCAGGUAUAACUCGUGGGGAGACGAGGAGGCCGAUGAGAACCACCUGUCUAUCGUGACUCUUGAGGAGAAGCCCUUUGUCGUCGUUGACAACGUAGACAUCCUGACUGGGACCUGCAUGAGGAACUCUGUUCCCUGUAGGAAACAUGUUAAAGAUAACUCUACAGAAGGCGGAGGAUCCUAUAUAAAGCAGUGUUGUAAAGGGUUCUGUAUCGACAUCCUGAAGAAGAUCGCCCGGAACGUCAAGUUCACCUUCGACCUCUACCUGGUGACCAACGGAAAACACGGGAAGAAGAUCAACAACGUCUGGAACGGCAUGGUGGGAGAGGUGAUUCAAAAGAAGGCAGCGAUGGCAGUGGGGUCGUUGACCAUCAAUGAGGAAAGGUCAGAGGUCAUAGACUUCUCUGUCCCCUUCGUGGAGACGGGCAUCAGCGUCAUGGUCGCCCGGAGCAACGGCACCGUCUCCCCCUCCGCCUUCCUCGAGCCCUUCAGUGCGUCUGUCUGGGUGAUGAUGUUUGUGAUGUUACUCCUGGUCACGGCCGUCUCUGUCUUCCUGUUUGAGUUUGUCAGUCCACUGGGAUUCAACCGCAACUUGGCCCAGGGCAAAGACCCCCAUGGUCCGUCGUUCACCGUUGGGAAGGCGGUGUGGCUGCUGUGGGGUCUGGUGUUCAACAACUCGGUCCCGGUUCAGAACCCUAAAGGCACCACCAGUAAGUUCAUAGUGUCGGUGUGGGCCUUCUUCGCCGUCAUCUUCCUGGCCUCUUACACAGCCAACCUGGCUGCCUUCAUGAUCCAGGAGGAGUUUGUUGACCAGGUCACGGGACUGUCUGACAACAAGUUCCAGAACCCGUAUGCAUACUCCCCUCCAUUCCGUUUUGGGACGGUUCCUAACGGUUCAACAGAGAGGAACAUCAGGAAGAAUUACCCCGACAUGCACGAGUACCUGGUGAAAUAUCACCAAGGAGGAGUGCAGGAUGCACUGGUCAGCCUCAAAGCAGGUAAACUGGAUGCCUUCAUCUAUGAUGCUGCUGUGUUGAACUACGCUGCUGGCAGAGACGAUGGCUGUAAGCUGGUCACCAUCGGCAGCGGGUACAUCUUCGCCACCACCGGCUACGGCAUCGCUCUGCAGAAAGGGUCGCACUGGAAACGACAGGUGGACCUGGCUAUACUGGCCAUCAUAGGAGAUGGUGAGAUGGAGGAGUUGGAGGCUAUCUGGCUAACGGGGAUCUGUCACAAUGAGAAGAACGAGGUGAUGUCCAGUCAGCUGGAUAUAGACAACAUGGCUGGAGUGUUUUACAUGCUGGCUACCGCCAUGGGCCUGUCUCUAAUUACCUUCAUAUCAGAACACCUCUUCUACUGGAGGCUGAGAUACUGUUUCACUGGAGUCUGUAAUGGACGACCUGGUCUGCUCUUCACCAUCAGCAGGGGUAUCUGGUCUUGUGUCCACGGGGUCCAUAUAGAGUUAAAGAAGAAGCCUCCGGAGUUGGACUUCUCUCCUCAGGCCAACAUGUUACACCUUCUGAAGUCAGCUAAGAAGAUCACCCUGUCUUCUUCAUCUCCUAAACGCUCCCCGGCCUUGCUGCAGCCCGGUAUCAUGAACAUGAUGAAAGGGAACUCUGUCGUCAGUCUGUCUCCUAAAGGCCAGGGUGGUCUCUAUAGCAACACUUCCACGCUACAGGGCUUCCUGGGUCGGCACAAAGACCUGCUGAAUAACUCAUCCCCAGGCCCGUACCCGGGGAAACCCAAACCCCACCCCUUCAGCCUCAACGACGUAGAGGUCAGCGUUACCGCCGACAACGGCAAACCCCACCCCCCCGGCCCGGCCGGCCCCGCUUCCAAACCCCGCGCCCUGUGGAAGAAGAGCGUGGAGACGCUGAAACAAGGACCAAUCCCGUUGUCCGGUCCCGCUGGUGGUCCCGCCCCCGGAUCCGCUGGCUCCGCCUCUGUCCCGGGCCAUGCAACAAUGAAGAGCCAGCGUUACCUCCCUGAAGACCCGCCCCAUUCCGACAUCUCCGAGUGUUCCAGCCGGCCCCCUCCUACAUGGAAUCCGAUCUGGGGGGGCCCAGGAUGGGGAUGGGGGGGUUCAAACCCCCAAAAGACGGGCUGAAAAAACGCCCGGUGGGGGGGGUGGGAGGUGUAGGAGGGGGAGGCUGCAGUGGGAGGAGCCACGAGAAGAUCUAUUCCAUAGACUCAGACCAGGCCAGUCU